AGGGAAACCAGCCAAUUUCCAAGCACUGUGUUUUCGUGUGUUCAUAGCGACGAGAGACGCAAAACUUCAGAAGUUACUCAAAUUGUAAACUUUAAUUUUAAUAUAUCUCCCAACAACUAAGUUAACAUGGCGCCUAGUUUGCACUUUAGCAAGGAGGAGGUUGACGCCUUGACCAACAUGUUCAAAGACCUGGGGAAGGCCAACCCGUCCAGACCGGAGAAGCUGGAAAGAACGCAGGUCAGGGAACAGCUACAUGUCCAGUUUGGAGUGACGGACGACAUCAUUCUAGACAGAAUUGUGCGAGUGUUUGACCUGGACAGUGAUAACUAUGUCAACUUGUCCGAGUGGCUCCAAGGCUUGUCUGUGUUCUUAAAGGGAACAUACGAAGAGAAAAAGCAGUUCUGUUUUAAAGUUUACGAUUUGAACGAUGACGGCUUCAUCACGAGAGAGGAGAUAUUCAACCUCCUCAAGAGCAGCAUGACCAAGCUUCAGACGGAAGAGGACCCGGAUGAGGGCAUCAAGGAGCUCUUGGAGAUCACCAUCAAGAGGAUGGAUGCAGACAAGGAUGGAAAGAUAAGCCGAGACGACUUCUCAGAAGCCGUCGACGCGGACAUCCUCUAUUUGGAACACUUUGGAUCGUGCCUUCCCGAGCCCAAAGAUGUGGAAGCGUUCCUCAAAGUGGCAGCCACAUAUCCACCGUACAGAGCGACAUAUUACUAGCCUCCACCAGACAGUAAAAAAAAGACGUCGAAAGGUUCAUGGAGUCGCUUUGUAAGAAGACCACCAGCAGCAACUAAUUAAGAUUGCCACCAAUUCACACACAUUUUCCCCCUCGGGAAUAUUGCGCAGUUUGAUCUAAAAAAUAGAUAUGGAUGGAGCCAGCGAAGUCAAGAAAAUCCAGGUAACCAAAUUUGAGAUAAGGAAAACUCAAAACUUUUCCAUCCAAAUGAUGAGUUAAUGAAUUUUUAAACGACUCCCUUAAUGUAAGGUCAUCAGUGAUAUA